UUUAUCAAAUCUAAUGAGUAAAAUCACAAAUAUAAGCAAAAAAACAUCAUCCCAGAUUGAAAGUUCUACAUAAAACUUCUAAUUUUAAAACAAUAUAGGGUAAUUUAAGGUAAAAUUUAAUGGUUUGAUUUUGUAGGAGGAAUUUGGAUAAAAGGAAACAUAAAUUAAGAAUAGUGGAGGGAAUAGUUACACCUAGUAUUAUUCAAAUUUUGAGGGAGAUAAUUAGAAAAAUGUAAAAUAAGUCUAAAUAUUCAGUAGUAAGAUGAAAGAAAUAAAGAACUGGAAAGCUAGAAAUUUCAGUAUUCUUAGAUUUAAAACAACGAAUCUGGAAGAAUAAUUGGGAAGGUAAAUAGUGCUAUUAUAUAUAUAAUAUUCAGAUUUCAUAAAUGAGAUAAAAUGGAGAGAUGGAAGAAUAUGGUAAUUAUGAAAGAGAAAUGUAGAGCUAUGAUCAAUCAUAAAAAAAUGCAUAAACAGUUUCUGUAAUUUUUGAUUAUAAAGAUAGAGCUCUAAUUAGGCCAGCUAUUAGACUUAAACAAUAGUUACAAAAACAAUAACAACAUCGCAUAGAGUAUCAUAAUCUGAAGAUUAAGGAUAAGUAUAUAAAAUUCUUAUAUAAAGUUUGAGACUGGAGGAUAAGAAAUAAUGAAUGGCUAAGGUAGUAUGGAAGGGGAAGCUUAUGGAAAUGCAUCAGCAGUAUUAAUAUAUUUAAAUCAAUAUUAAAGUAGUAUAUAUAUGGUGGUUACAACCUUUAAGCUAAUCAUGCUAAACUUGAAGGAGGUUUGACUCUUAAUAAAUAUAAUUUUUCUAAUGCUUCUUUAAAGGUUUUGAUAUAUUUAAUAUUUAUUAGGAAAAAUAAUUUAAAAGUUCAUCAGGGAAGGUUUAGAUGGCAUGUGAAGCUGCUAUGGCUGCUGCUCUAAGAAAAUAAGAAGAAGCAGCAGCUGCAGGUGGAGCUAUGGCUAGUUGGGAGUUAUAAAUGAAAGCUAUGGCAGAAUUAAAGGCUUAAUAUUAAUUAUCAGCAAAAGUUAAUGUUAAAUAACAAUCUUAUUUAAUGUAUGGUUAUGGUUUUAGAGGCAAAGAUGGAAAACCAUAAAAAUGUGAUGAUGAAGAUUUAUAUAAAAAUAAAAAUAAUUGUGAUGAUGUAGAAUAGGAGAAAAAGAAGGAAUGUUUAAAUUUUGCUGUUUGUGAGCCCGAAUGUAUAGAGAAACCAAAGAAAAAACAACCCGAAGAUUUAAAUAAUGUUCCGUAAGAUGCUGAAGAAUUCAAUAAGAAAAAAAAGCCAGGAUUAGAAUCAUAAUAAUGUGGUGCAGAAGAUCUAAGUAAAGGCAAAAAUAAAGCAAUAAUCUAAUCUCCAGAUAGUUAUUUUAAACCAAGAAGCGAAGAUUACAUAAGAUUAGUUCAAAGAAAUCCAUCUUAAGUAGUUUAUCCAGUUAAUUCAGUAAGAAGUGUUAUGAUGCCAAAUCUUGUAACUUGUGAACCAAUUCAUGUAUAUUUUAAAUUAACUUUAAGGUCACAAAAUAACCAAUAAUAUCUACACGUAUGAGUGCUAGACAACCAGUAUAAACAGUUAUUAUGUAAGAAGAAUUUGCACCAACUAUUUUAUAAGGAGUUUAAUAUGGAGCUUCAAAUUGUUUAAGAUAGAGAGAAUCUUUUAUGACUGUUUAAACAAUUUAAUAAUAGUUGAUGACUGUCUAACCUUAAACUGUUUAAUAAUAAGCUUUUAUUUAAGUUCAAGCUUAACCUAUUGUUUAAUAAUAAGUUGUAUAAGUAUAAGAAACUCAACCUUUACAAUAAGUGGUCAUGAUGUAACCACAUUAGAAAGUUGAAACAUAUUCACAACAACAUAUUUAAGUUUAAUAACCUUAUGUUAUUGGUUAAACAGUUUAAUAACCUUAUGUUAUUGGUUAAACAGUCUAAUUAACAAAUUAAUAAACUAAUUUUGCAAGUGCCUAAACUAUUCAAUUAAUUGGUUAAUAAUAAUCUUAAGCAGUAACCUCUCUUGCUUAACCUAUAGUAUAAUUGCAGGGAAUAUAAUAAGAAAUAAUUCCUUAAGUUGCUGUUUAAUAAUAAUAUAUGAUUCCAUAGAUGGCUGUAUAAUAAUAAUAAUCAAUUAUUGCACAUGAUUCAAUUUCACCAAAUAUUUAAAAUUAGAUUAUUUCAUAACCUUAAGUAGUUUUUUAACCACCCCAAUAAUAAUAAACUAUGGUAGUUUAAGCCUAAGCUAUUUUAUAAUAAUAACCAAUUUUAUAAAUAUAACCCUAGUAAACUAUUAAUUAAAUCUAAUCAACCUAACAAGUAAGUUAGUAAUCAAUAUUAUAUUAGAUAGCAUCUACAAAGUAACAACCUAUGAUUUUACAGUCUUAAAUGCCAUUAAAUUAUUCCACUCAACCAAUUGAGAUUUUACAACGCUGUUAAUCUCCUUUAAGAAUUCCAAUGGGAUAAUAGUAAUUUAAAUUCUAAAAAUUACUCCAUAUAAUGUGAGAAUACGAUAUUCA